CAUCCAUAUCGAUAACGCUGACAAGCAGGUACAGAGGACUCGCUAUUUAAAUACUUCAAAAUGGCGCGGGAUUCGGCGGACUGUGACAUUAAGCGAAUGUCAGGUUUGUUAAAUGAGAUUUUGUUGUCGAAAAGUUUGUCAAAUGAGACGUCCCAUCUUGUCGACAGUGUUUCCAAUAUUUUAUCCGGAUCUGUUUACAACUCUAUGCCACCAUUAUUGCUAACGAGCGAAGAUCGCCGGAUAUUACGUCGGGAUCGCGAGGAUGCCAUCAAAAUGGAAGAUCAUUUGUUAAAGAGGAAGCAAGAAAAAUAUUUUGAUUUAGUUGAUAAAGUUCAGAUUGUGCUACAUCGAAUUCAGGAGAAAAAAUUAGUCAAAAUUGUCCAUCAUACGGAGAGAAAAAGUGGCUCUCCAAGUGACUUAAAUAACAAUUCCUCAGGAGAAGAUAGUGUCAAGUUUAGUGGUGUUGAACCUGUUCAAGAACCAACAGUGAAUCAUCCUCAAUUAAAACUUCAAAGACCAAAUUCCUUCUAUGGCAACCAUUAUGCUUCACAUCACUUUCCCGACCUGCCUACACAUCACCUAGUAGAAAAACCCUCACGCCACCCCCUGGAACAUCCUACACAUCACCCCCCACAUUCCCAACAUCACUCCUUAGAACAAUCUUAUAAUAAUUAUGAAUGUCAUCGUCCCAUUACGUUCUCAAGCAAUGAUGACCAAUUGAACAAUGAAAAUAAUGGUUGUUUGCAACAACGAAUUGAACCAAUCCAACGAUACCCUCAAGUGUACUCUACCCACAACCAAUCAAUUACGAGUACAUUUCAAAAUGAUGACCAAUACACUAAUAAAAAUGCUCGUUAUAUUAACCAACUGACGUUUCAUCCCCAGCAAGUUGACUCCAUGUUACCAGCACACGAAGAUGAAGUUUCUGUUUUGCAGCAGAAGGAAUAUCUUGCAAAGGAACAGCAGCGUUUGGAAGAACAUUAUAACUCGUUGCAAGAGAAGUUGCUGUUCGACUUUCAAAGGCGCCAACAGGAAUUACUGGAAAUGUACAGCCAAAGUGUUCAAUUGAGCUGUGAAAAAACUCAAUCAGUUACCAGUGAAACAAGUACACUGGAAAGUACACACAUGUCAAAUGAAAGAAGAUUUGAGAGAUCAAGUGUUGUUGAACAAGAAGGAUUCUCUAAAAGUCCGUUCGGUUUUUCUGCUACAAAAUGCUCCACAAACCUCACGAAUGCUCCGUUUAACGCAGACUUUGUAAAUUCAACGCGUAGUUUGCGCUCUCUCCAAAAACCUACAGCAAAAAAGGAGGGGGUUGAAAGAACAAAGUCGACUUCUCCAAACAAGUGUGCAUCUGUAAAUGCUGCACUCGUGUUGAAACCAACUGCUGGGAAGUCCAUACCAUCAGAUAAAAAUUUCUUUGAAAAUAAAGCGUUUGGUAAAGAGGACGUUUUCGACAAACAUUCAUCGGAGAUUUUUGAAAAUUCUUACGUGUCAGGCUUUGAUCAAAGUAUCAUCUCACCUAACUCGAUGAAGACUUCAGUUGUUUCCGCAUUCAGCUCUUCAUUUAAGUCGAACAAUAUUGAUUUGAAAGAAUUGAACCAACUGUCGUUUCCUGAUCAAAGCAUGCUUCAAAACGAGGCACUAAAACAUUCGACAGGAAGCUCCCUUAAAGACUCCAUCCAAGUUGGGGAAAUUUUAGCGAGGAAAAGUUUUAAUUCCGAAAUAAGUGCUCAAGAGUUUUACGAAUUUCCGCAUUACGGAAAGGCCAUCCAAAGAGAAAGGUUUUGUAUCGUUUCGGCUCAUGCAAAAGGCUUCCUUACCCGUUUGCUUUUCAAAACUGGAAAAGUUCAAGAUCUUGUCACCACGAUAAAGGAUGCUCGCAAUGUUCUUGCCGAUUUGAGCGUCGAGUACGGUCAGUCAAAGACUGAUCGAUCUUUCAAAGAACGAGUUAAAACGCAGCUUCUCUUCGCUCAAAAUCAGCUGCGUGGGAUAUUCGUCGAUUCUCCUGCAUAUGUAAGAAUGCAAAUCCUGAAUCACAAUAGACGAUUAUUGCAGGAAAAACGGACGCGAAAAGUUAGUCAGGGUCAAUCUCCACGAAAUGAUGUUAAUCGUCAGACUCCUAAGUUAUCUGAUGUCACCAUGAAGAAACGACAAUCCAGACGAGAAAAUCAAGAUAAAACACCCUUAUCUAAGAAACACGAAAGUCCACAAUCUGCCAAAUCAUCAAAGAGUAAUGGCAAGAAACGUGCAACACCUAAUAUCCACACGGUAAACACACCAACCUCCAGAAGCAGAAUUCCUCCAAUGACCAAAGUAAAUCCCGAGGCAUCAACGGCAAUUAGCGAUUCUUCUACGGUUAAUAGCGAGACUUCUACGUUAAAUAGCGAGACUUCCGUGGUAAAUACCGCGACUUCCACGGUUUGUAAUGGUUCGCCUAAUGCUGGCAAAGAAACGAAACAUGCUUUAGUUGAAAAUGAAACGUAUUUUGGAAAUUCCUUUACCACAGCUUGUGAAAUCUCAAAUUCUUCACCUGCACCUUUGAUUUCAACAAAAUCUGAAAAUGUCGUAGCGAGUCUUUCGAGUGAAGGAAUUAAGAAAAUGACUACAAAUAUUGUUGAGAACGAUGCCAGCGCAAGAACAAACACAAAAUCCACCGCUAUUAAAGGGAAUGAUAAUCGAUACACAGGAAAUCGACCUUUGUCCAAGUCAAAAAAUGGGAAAAUAAAUGAAGCUUCAAAAAAUCGGCGGAAAACCUGGGAUAAAGGGGUUCUUCGUCCGAUUCAAGGACGACUGUCACCUCCGCUUCCAUCAUCAAAGACGAGAUUGUCAAACGAAAGAAAACAGUCGGUUUUAUCGACAGCAAGAAACGUUGGUCAGAAUUUACACAAUGAAUAUCAGAAAAACAGUAAAACGCCUCCAACAACGAACAAAUGUAAGGUGUCAGGAAUUGACCUGAGCAAGACUUACAAAAUAAGCAGUAAAACUGAAACUGCUUUGAUCAAAAAAACAAAUGCAAAACGUUCGCUUGCUGCGAACCUAACUCGCAAAUAGUUGUCUCUAGCGUAGAUUACAAUGUACCUUCGUGUAUAUUGAUGUAUAUUAAUGUCCUCUCGACCUUAAGUUAGCUCGCAGAUGGUUGUCUCUAGAGUACAUUACAUUGUACUCUCGUGUAUAUUGAUGUAUGUCAAUGUCCUCUCGAACUUAAUCUAACUCGCAUAUAGUUGUCUCUAGCGUACAUUACAUUGUACUCUCGUGUA